AUGGGUACUAUGGGACAUCCGCUGAGUGUGAGGCACCCAUCAGCUGUGCCUCCACCUCAAUCACUGAUACAUGAGAGGCACAAUGAUCAGAAGAUCCUGGAACUCGCCAACAAGAUCAUUCAACUGCUGACUGAAGAGGAGGGGGAGUAUAUAGAGGAACACAGGGGUCUGUACAAGGACGUGAUGAUGGAGAAUCACCGGACCCUCACAUCACUGGAUGGACCCAGUAACAGAGAUACCCCAGAGAGAUGUCCCCGUCCUCUGUAUUCCCAGGAUUGUACAGAGGAGAAUCACAGGAUCCCACAGGAGGAUCAGGGUGAAAAUCUGAUUGAUUCCAAGACAGAAGAUAUUGAGGAAAAAGAGACAUAUGUGACUGAUAUUAAGGUAGAAGAUACAGAGAGAGAAGAAGAAACAUAUGUGACUGAUUUUAAGGUAGAAGAAGAGACGUAUGUGACUGAUAUGAAGGCAGAAGAUAUAGAGGGACAGGAGACGUAUGUGACUGAUAUGAAGGCAGAAGAUAUAGAGAGAGAAGAAGCAACGUAUGUGACAGAUAUUAAGGUAGAAGUUAUGGAGGAAGAAUAUAUAAAGGAGGAAGAAGGGAUGUAUGUGAGAAGUGAUCAGCAGUGUAAGGAGGAGGAAUUCCCUACAGAUAUCAGCACAGAUGGAUGUAACAGAAGAAAUAUAUUGGCUGAAUGUCCCAUUGUAUCUCCAGAUUGUGAAAUAGAAGAUAAAUACAUUGCACUAUAUUCUCCAGGAGAAAACCCAGUGAGCCCAAUUAUACAUCCAGUACCUCAUAGUGCUGAUAUAUCAUCUGUUACCUUUAACCAUGGCCAGUAUUCUUCUGAUAACUCAGAUGUUGGUUCAUCCACUACAGCUCUUAGAGUACAUGAGACGUUUCCCAGUUCUAUAGAUGCCAAAUGCUUUACACAGAGCACAAAACGUAUUACCCAUCAGCCUGCUAAGGCAGAUGAGAGGCCAUUUACAUGUUCUGAGUGUGGGAAAUGUUUUACAUGCAGAUCAUCUCUUGUUAGACAUGAGAAACGUCACACAGUUGAGAGACAAUUUCCAUGUUCUGCGUGUGCAAAAUGUUUUCUACACAAAUCAGAUCUUGUUAGACAUCAGAAAACUCACACAGGUGUGAGACCAUUUCCAUGUUCUGAGUGUGGGAAAAGUUUUUCACGUAAAUCAGAUCUUGUUAUACAUCAGAGAAAUCACACAGGUGAGAAACCAUUUUCAUGUUCUGAGUGUGGGAAAUGUUUUACACGCAAAUCAGAUCUUGUUUUACAUCAGAGAAAUCACACAGGUGAGAAGCCUUUUCCAUGUUCUGAGUGUGGGAUAUGUUUUACACAGAAAUCACAUCUUGUUACACAUAAGAGAAGUCACACAGGUGAGAAGCCAUUUCCAUGCUCGGAGUGUGGGAAAUGUUUUACCGACAAAUCAGCUCUUGUUACACAUGAGAGGCAUCACACAGGAGAGAAGCCAUUUCCAUGUUCUGAAUGUGGGAAAUGUUUUACACGAAAAUCACAUCUUAUUAUACAUCAGAGAAAUCACACAGGUGAGAAACCAUUUUCAUGUCCUAAAUGUGGGAUAUGUUUUACAUGUAAAUCAUAUCUCGUUACACAUGAGAGAAGUCACACAGGUGAGAAGCCAUUUUUGUGUUCUGACUGUGGGAAAUGUUUUACACGCAAAUCAUUUCUUGUUGUACAUCAGAGAAGUCACAUCGCUAUGAAGCUAUUCUUAGAAGGUAGGAAAGUACAGAAACCAGAUUUUGUUAAACUGUAAAUUACUCACACACCUUUACCCAGGUGAAACGUUUGUAAGUGUAAAGUGUUUUCUGUAAACAAGAGUGUAGGAAAUCACGAGCAACAGUGCUUAUGGGGUGAACUCCUAUUAUCAAAUAUUACGCCAUAAGUUCUGACACCUGACAUGUUUUUCGAGUAUAAACUUUCAUGUAUUGUAGGUCAUAAAUGGACUCUACGUAAUAGCACUGAUUUGUCUUCAACCUCUUAACUGGCAUGGUCAGAUCACAUGCGACUGCGCCACCCCACUGUGUCCCCCAAUUUCUCUAUCGUCCUAAGUGGAUGCUGGGGUUCCUGAAAGGACCAUGG